UUUAACAAAAGAAAAAGAAAUGAGAAUCGAAGAAGUUGUUAUAGAAGGUUUCAAGUCAUAUGCAGUUCGUACUCAUAUUACCGGAUGGGAUCCCGAAUUCAAUGCUAUUACAGGACUCAACGGUUCUGGAAAAUCAAAUAUAUUAGACGCAAUAUGCUUCGUAUUGGGUAUAACGAAUUUGAGCCAGGUUCGAGCAACAAAUAUGCAAGAUCUGAUCUACAAACGCGGUCAAGCCGGCGUUAAUAAAGCUUCGGUCACUAUUACAUUUAAUAAUGAAGAUAGGAAUAGUAGUCCUGUUGGGUUUGAAACAUAUGAUAAAAUAAGUGUGACGAGACAAAUAAUUAUGGGUGGCCAAAGUAAAUAUAUGGUUAAUGGGACGAGAACUCAACAACAGACAGUUGGAAAUCUAUUCCAAUCAGUUCAACUUAAUAUCAAUAACCCACACUUUUUGAUUAUGCAAGGUCGAAUCACAAAAGUUCUUAACAUGAAACCUCCAGAAAUUUUAGCAAUGAUAGAAGAAGCUUCUGGUACACGUAUGUUUGAAGAGAAAAAAGAAAAGGCGUUGAAAACCAUUGCAAAAAAAGAAAAAAAAGUUGAAGAAAUAACAAAAUUACUUAUUGAAGAAAUUGACCCGAAAUUGGAACAAUUGAGAGCCGAAAAGAGAUCUUAUCUAGAAUAUCAAAAAACUGAAUCUGAAAUUGAACGAUUGAACCGAAUUGUCAUCGCAUUUGAAUAUAUAAUGAAUCUAGAAAGAGUCAACAAAUCAGGUGCUGAUGUUGAUGCCAAGAAGAAGAAAAUUAAAGAUUCAGAAACGUUUAGUGAACGUCUCAAAGAAGAAAUCGUGCACUUAGAAGAUGAUAUAAAGCAAACGAUGCAUAAAAAAGAAAAGGAAUUAGGAAAGAGCGACAAUAUUCAAGAAUUAGAAAAUAGUAUAAUGGAAUAUUCAAAUCAGAUAGUUCGUAUUAAUACAAAAUGUGAUCUCAACAGAGCUUCCAUUGAUGAAGAAACGAAAAAUAAGGACACUCUUUUAUGUAACAAAGCUGAGAUAAAUCAAGUUUUGUUACAAAAGUCUGAAGAAUACAAAAAAUUAGAAACUCAGUUUGAAAAAAUAAAAAGAAAUCAUGAUGAAAAAAGCGAGCAAGUAAGAAAAGCAGAGGAGCUUUUACAAACUUUGUCUACGGGUGUUUCGGCACAAGAAGGGCACGAAAAUGGAUAUAUGGAGCAGCUACAAGAGGCAAGAAAUAAUGAAUCUCACGCGUUAACCGAAAUAGAACAAGCUAAAUUGAAGAUAUCCCAUCUAAACAAAGAAUUAAAUGAAAAAGAGCCUUUAGCUAUAAAGGCUGUUAAUGACAAUCAAGGUUUGUUGAAAGAUUAUGAAUCGGCUAAAAAAGUUGUACAAAAUCUUACGACAGCAUUAUCGAAGAUUAAUUGGGAUCCAAGUAAAGAAGAAAGUUUGUUGAAUAAGAAAUCUACAAUGCAGAAUAAAGUAAAAGCGUUUACAGAGAAAUGUGAAUCUCUGUCAUCGCAAUUAUCAAACAUUGAAUUCUCAUAUUCUGAUCCAACAUCAAACUUUGAUCGUAGUAAAGUUAAAGGUUUGGUUGCUGAACUAAUUAACUUGAAUCCUCAAUAUGCACAAUGUUCAACUGCCUUGGAGAUUUGUGCUGGUGGCAAAUUGUAUAACGUGGUUGUGGAGAACGAAAGUGUUGGGUCUCAACUUAUCGAAAAGGGAAAAUUACGAAAGCGCGUGACAAUAAUUCCUUUGAACAAGAUUAAAGCGUACAAGAUACCAGCUGAGAGACUUAUAAGUGCUAAACAGCUUGCACCCGAGAAAGUACAUUUAGCAUUGUCAUUAAUUGGUUAUGAUGAUGUAGUAACUCCUGCUAUGGAAUUCGUGUUUGGCAAUACUUUAAUAUGUACGGAUGCUGAUACUGCUAAACGAGUCACUUUUGAUAAGAACGUACGAACAAAAUCUGUUACUCUUGAAGGAGAUGUCUAUGAUCCUUUUGGAACUCUUCAAGGUGGCUCAAAACCUUUGUUUGCCGGAAUUCUUAUAGGGUUACAAACAUUAAAAGAAUACAAACAACAAUUAAAAACUUAUCAACAAGAGCUCGAUGAUCUGAAUGCAGAAAUCAGAAGCACACAAGAGAUAAUAGACGAGUACAACCAAACCAAGAAACAGUUAGACUUGAAAACGCAUGAAGUUACAUUAUUAGAACAACAAAUGAAUAGUAGCAGUAACUCGCAGAUAAUUCAUAUAGUUGAGAAUAUUAAAUCUCAAAUAGUUGAGCAUGAAAAUACUAUUAUCGAUUCUCAGAAAAAACGGCAAGCUGCUUUAGAUUCAUGUCAAAGAAUUGAAAAGGAAAUGAAUGAGUUCAGAAAUAAUCGGGAUUCUAAAUUAAAAGAUAUCAAGCAAUCAGUACUCAAAGGAAAAUCUGAGAUCGCACAGAGUAAUCAAGUUGUAAUAAAUAUGCAAAGAAAUGUUCAAACUAUGCGCUUAGAAAUGAAGCAAUUCGAAGAGGAUCUGUUAAAUGUCAACAGUGAAAUUGAAAAUGUUGAUAAUAAUAUUAAACAAUUAUCACAAGCUGCUGAAUCUAUGAGAAAUGAACUAGAUCAGUUUAAGAACUCACUAGAGCAAGCUCAAGCUGAAUUAGAAAAAGAGAGAGAAAUACUUUCUGCUUUUGAUGAGGAAAUUGUUGAACUUCAAGCAGCUGUUAAAGCGAAAACAGCACAAUUAACUGAAGCACAAUUGGAAAUGUCCAAGAUUAAUCAUGAUAUUGAAAAGGUUCAAAAGGACGUAGUAGCGGCCCAACAAAAUGUCUUAAGAAUGGAAAAUGAACAUGACUGGAUUUUAAAUCAAAGACAGCAUUUUGGAAAACCUAAUACUCCAUUUGAUUUUACAAAUCAAAACCCGAAUGAAUGCAAAAAGAUGUUGCGGCAGCUUGAAUUAAAUCGUAACAAAUUACGUAAAAAAAUCAAUGCUAAAGUUAUGAACAUGAUUGAUAGCGUGGAAAAGAAAGAAGCAUCUCUGAAACAAAUGUUAAAUACAGUUGGAAGAGACAAGAAAAAAAUCGAAGAAACAAUUGUUUCUCUUGAUAACUACAAGAAAGAUGCAUUGCAAAAGACUUGGGAGAAAGUUAAUGCUGAUUUUGGAGCAAUUUUCAGCGAUUUGUUACCAAAUAGUUUUGCUAAAAUUCAACCACCUGAGGGUCAAGAUCUGAUGAAUGGUUUAGAAAUCAAAGUGAGUCUUGGAGGAAUAUGGAAACAAAGUUUGUCAGAGCUAAGUGGCGGCCAAAGAUCACUUGUCGCCUUAUCUCUGAUCUUAUCAUUGUUACAAUUUAAACCUGCUCCAAUGUAUAUUCUUGAUGAAGUGGAUGCGGCACUUGACCUUUCACAUACACAAAAUAUAGGUCAAUUGCUUCGAACUCGAUUCAAAGGAUCACAAUUUAUAGUAGUAUCACUCAAAGAUGGAAUGUUCAAUAAUGCUAACGUAUUAUUUCGUACAAGAUUUCGGGAUGGUACUUCAGUUGUCGAGCGAACAUCACAAAGGCAAGAGCUCGAGAGACGAAGAACUCAAAGAUCACGAUGAUGUGAUAAUAAUUCUUAUAUUAAUGAUAUUGAUCUUUUUUAUGAAUUUUUAUUACAAUAUUUAAAAAUUGUAAAUCUUAAAAAAGAUUCUUAAUAUACUCAGAUAAUUCGAACCUAAUUUUAUGUUAGUAUUGGUAUUAAAAUCCAAAUAUAUAAAUAUACAUACAAUUUGAGUCAUUAGAGACGAAUUUUAGUCACGUGCCGCAGCAAAUUUUAGUUAAGUUUCUAGAGGGCAUUUUCAACUAGUAAAUUUUAUCAUGUUUUCUUCUCGCUC